AUGAAGUUCUCCAUGAGCUUUGUCUGCCUUUUGGCACCCAUCACCGUCCUCGCGGCCCCCCUCGAAGAGCGACAGGCCGCGCAGAGCGUCGACGCCCUCAUCAGGGCCAAGGGCAAGCAAUAUUUCGGCACCGCCACCGACCAGCGCCUCCUGACGACCGGCAAGAACGCCGACAUCAUCAAGGCCAACUUUGGCCAGGUCACGCCCGAGAACUCGAUGAAGUGGGACCAGAUCGAGCCUAACCGCGGGCAAUUCAACUGGGUCACUCCGGACUACCUCGUCAACUUUGCCCAGCAGAACGGCAAGAAAGUCCGCGGCCACACCCUGGUCUGGCACUCGCAGCUCGCCGGCUGGGUGAACAACGUCCGUGACCGGGCUGGUCUGACCAAGGUCAUUGAGGACCACAUCAACGCUGUUGUCGGUCGGUACAGGGGCAAGAUCUACCACUGGCACUCGCCGCCAGGAGAGGCUGUUGACGUGUGCCGCAAUCAGGACGUAGUGAACGAGAUCUUCAACGAGGACGGCUCCCUCCGCUCUUCCGUCUUCUCGCAGGUCCUUGGCGAGGACUUUGUCGGCAUCGCUUUCCGCGCCGCCAGGGCCGCCGACCCCAGUGCCAAGCUGUACAUCAACGACUACAACCUCGACCAGGCCAGCUACGCAAAGACGCAGGCCAUGGCCCGCAAGGUCAAGGAGUGGAUUGGCCAGGGAAUCCCCAUUGACGGUAUUGGCUCCCAGGCCCAUCUCCAGGCGAACCAGGGCGGCAACGCCCUGGGCGCCCUGCAGACCCUCGCCGGCAGCGGUGUGAAGGAGGUCGCCAUCACGGAGCUCGACAUCGUCGGCGCCAGCGCCAACGACUACUCGGCCGUCACCCGCGCCUGCCUGCAGGUGUCCCAGUGCGUCGGCAUCACGGUCUGGGGCGUGCGCGACACGGACAGCUGGCGCUCGCAGAACAACCCGCUCCUCUUUGACGCAAACUACAACCCCAAGGCGGCAUACACCGCUGUUGUGCAGGCUUUGCAGUGA